GUCGGAACCGCGCGGUAAUCGCACGCGCAAUCGAUUUGAAAUUCGAACGGCUGUUAUUUUUUUUUAUUAUUUAUGAAGCGUUUUGGAUAAAUACUCGAGCAACGAAAGCGAGUGGAGUGCAUUGGUAGUUGUUAGUGUGGUGUGAAUUGUUGGUUCUGUGCUAAAAAGUUAAGUGUUGCUAGUUACGAAAAAAAUAGUUUUUACAAUGUUAGGUUCUCGAUGGCCUAUACUAUGUCUACCGAUUCUGCUGGCAGCGUCAGCGUGCGGCAGCAACAUCCUCAUGAUAACUAUGGGAGGCACCAAGUCACACAAAAUACCAUUUUUGGAAUUAGCUAGAGGUCUCAUUAGAAGAGAUCACAACAUCACUCUUAUCAGCCCAUUUCAACCAGAUUUCCACCUCGAGGGCUUGGAGGAAAUUACCCCAGAGGGCUUGGCCGCUUUCGUACGCGGCUAUAUGACCUUCGAUCUGGUUGGAGCCAGAAUGAAAGGCGAGGAACCUUUGCCUUAUAUGGACAUAAUUCGAUACGGAUAUGAGGCGUGCGAUGCGUUUCUCACUGACAUCGAGACGAGAUCCUUUUUGAGGUCAGGAAGGAACUACGAUCUGAUAAUGCUGGACGGAGCGUACCCUGAAUGCGCAUUAGGUCUGGUCUACCGCAUGAAAGUGCCAUUCAUGUACAUCAACACAGUAGCCUUUUACGCUUCACCCACCAGCAUCUCUGGAAGUCCCGCACCCUUCUCCGUGACACCCUUCUUCGCGAGAUCCUUUACAGAUAAUAUGGGAUUCUUGGAACGGUCAGUCAACGCUUUCUGGCACCUUGGUUCUUUAUUGGGACAUGGUAUAAGUGUGACAAUACUACAAACUGUACUUCGAAGACACUUCGGUCCACAAAUGCCGCACGUAUAUGAUAUGGCCAAGAAUGUUAGUUUCAUACUUCAGAAUGGACAUUUUUCCGUAACAUAUUCGAGGCCAUUUCUUCCAAACGUUGCUGAGAUAGCGUGCAUUCAUUGUAAGGAAUCAAAAAAAUUGAAUGCUGAUUUAGAAGAAUGGAUUUCCGGUGCAGGAGAAGCUGGAUUUGUUUAUGUUUCCAUGGGUUCUUCGGUGAGAACGAACAAAAUGCCACUCGCAGCCCAUCGCUUGUUUAUUGAUGCGUUGAAAAGACUUCCACAGAGAGUGCUUUGGAAGCAAGAUGGAGAUCAAAAUAUGACUGAUAUUCCUUCAAACAUCAGACUUUAUAAGUGGCUGCCACAACAAGAUUUGUUAGGUCACCCCAAAAUAAAAGCAUUCGUUACUCACGGCGGUCUACUCAGCAUGUUUGAAACGGUUUAUCACGGAGUCCCUAUUAUUAGUAUUCCAGUCUUCUGUGAUCACGACGCAAAUGCAGCUAAAGCAGAAGUAGACGGUUAUGCAAAGAAACUCGACCUUCAGUAUUUAACAUCAGAUAAACUUUAUGAAGCUAUAAAGGAUGUAAUUGUUGAACCGAAGUAUAAGACACAUGUAAAAACUCGACAAACACUUAUGAGAGAUCAGAAAGAAUCGCCCUUAGAAAGAGCCAUUUAUUGGACGGAAUAUGUAUUGAGACAUAAAGGGGCAUAUCAUUUACAAUCACCAGCUAAAGAUUUAAAUCUCUUCCAAUAUUAUAUGUUAGACAUAGCGUUAACGUUUUUGGUUCUUAGUUUAUCGACUAUAGCUCUUAUUAUGUACUCAUUAAGAAUCGGCUUCAUUUGCCUAAGCAAUUACGUACAAAGUAAACGGAUGAACAAAUUGUUUGAUAAGUCGAGCGAUUUGUUGAAGCGAUCAACAAAGCUAAUAGAUGAAGCGUCGUUAUCAAAGAAAAAGUUGUAAAUACCAAAAUAAAUGUCAAAUUAAUAGUUACCAUGUGUUACCAUAUAUUUAUAAGUUUAUAAUUAUUGUGAUGACAAACCCAUAGUGAUAUUAUUAGUGUAUAAUAUUUGUAAGUCUGUAAAUAUUGAAUGUUAGGUUUAAUAAACAUUGAUUUAUAAUAUUAUGUUUUAUUUAAUACCGAAUGUUAUAAACGUAACACGUAUUUCGAGCUAGAAAUUAAUAAAAGGAAGGAAGUUCUAUCAAGACAUUAUAAAACCAAUUUCACAUUCAUUACCGCAUUCAUGGAACGACAUAAAUGUAGAAACAGCUUGUAUAAAACAUUUGGAACAUCCUGAAUGAUUCAUACCCAAAAUUAUAAGGUUUUAUUAAGAAACGCCAUUGCUUUUUAAGGAUUUAUAUUCUCGAAAUAAUUGACGUAAUUGGAUUACUUAAAAUAAACUGCCGAAUGGGCCACAAAAUAACUAGUGUUGAGCAGCGCACAUAGACAUUGGCAAUGCAAGAAAUAUUAACAAGCCCUUACAUCGUCAAUGCACCACCAACCUUAGGAACUAAGCUACCUCAUGUGUCUGCCACAUUGGCUCAAUCACCCUUCAAACUGAAAAACAAAAAUACGAAGAUAUGCUGUUUCAGUUGAAAAUAUGAUGUAAAAUAUAAAAAAAUAUAGGUAGUAACUAACUUAAUAAAAGCUUAAAUAAAGCCGUAUCAACAAAAUAUGGACUUAUUAGUAAUAUGAAUAUACUAAUUAUAGAUCCGAUUCAAAAAUUU